AUGAAGCCCCGACGCUGCUGUGACGCCUGCCGGCGGCGUCACCGUAAAUGUGUUGUUCAACCCGGCGCGACGGGUUGCGGCGCCUGCUUCGAGGCCGAUCUCGAAUGUCACUUUGACACGACGUUACGCUUUAAGCAUGCGCCGGGCAGCUCCAGAAAGGCAGCUCUCUCCGGGGACAGAGUUCAGAAGGCGGAUCACCGAGCCCGACGCAAGAGCGAAGUAAAUCGUGUAGACGACGCAGCAUCCGAGGCAUCCUCAUCACCGGCCGUCCAGUCCGUUCGUACAGCGGGCGACAGAAGUAACAGCUUUACAUCUCACCCAUCCCCGCACGGCUUGACGCCAUAUGAAGGACAGCUCAACUUCGGCUACUCACCGCCGGCAACGCACGCGUUCCGGGCCGAGGCCCCGGCACAACGAUUCACCGGACAUGGAUCUCACGGCGAUGGUAGUGCGCCCAUCGGCUUUGUGUUGAACAGCGGGCCGCCGCAGGAAAGCCAACAACACCGGGAUAGCCUCACAUCAAGCCCCGGGUAUCUCGACUCGGCGCGAGAUGGCACCACUUCGGAUAGCGUACAGUGGCAAUCUGGAGAGGUCCAGCCACAGCUCCAGAUUUCAUAUCUCUUAGGGGACUCGCCGUCAACGCAGGCCGGAUCUUCAUACCAGAUUGCCUCGGAGCGUGCUGAGAGUCUCAUUUCGGAUGCAGAAUUCCGUAUUCAGCCCGUGGACCCCGAGCAUUGCGGAUUUACCGGACGCCAGGCCUUCUUGUUUCGCACGUAUAUCUUGAGAAUAGCGCCUUCAAUUGAUGCGUGUCACGAUGCUCGCCCCUUCACCCUUGACGUCCCCCGUCUCGCCCUUCGCAAGCCAAUCUUGCUCAACGGCAUCUUCGCACUAGCCAGUCGUUUCGAUACGCAGGGGAACGACGACACAAGCGAAAAAUCGGACUUGGAGAGCACGUACUACCACAAUCGCUGCAUCGAACUGCUCAUCGAAGCUUUCUCCCAACCCCCAGAGACAUGGGACUCGAUUCUGCUGACGGCUGUCGUGAUCAUGCGGCUCUACGAAGAGUACGACAACGAGACAGACUCCCACUACCAUCACCUUCGAGGCACGAGGAACCUGCUCAAUCACGACGCCAUUGCCCGUUUCGUGACGCAAGGCGGGUUGGCUGAGGCCGCGAGCUGGGUCCACCUACGACAGGCACUCUAUGUGUUCCUAGUUCGCAGGACGCCAAUCGAGAUUUGCCUAGAAAACUUUGAGAGGUCUUCUACGUUCAGAAGCAACGACGACACAGCGCACGCGAACCGAAUCGUCUAUCUGUUUGCGAAAGUGCUGAAACUCUUCUUCCCGGAGGACGGAUCGGGAUUCAGCACAAGCAGCUCAGAGACUUGGGAGGAGUUGCAGAAUGACGUCGACGUGUGGUUUAAAGAGAAGCCACUAUCUUUUCAGCCCCUUUUCUAUGAACGGGCGGAUGUGGCCAAAGGAAGACCGUUCCCGACCCUGUGGAUGGCCGCAGAUCCAGGUAUGAACCUUCACAUAACAAACGCUGCUCUGUUCCUCUUGACUUUAUGGAGUAGGAGAGUCACUGACAGCAAGGCCCAUGCAGGCACCGUUGCACUCGGGUACUACUACGCUUCGAAAGCGAUAUUUUCCUUCCAGGAUUACAACAGCUCAAAUCCGACAGCAGGAUUUGAGGGAACGAAGAAGAGGAUGGACAGCGAGCGUGAAAUCACGUUCUAUUUAUGUAUGCUCAUGGGCUUGGCCCGGUCAAAUGAGGCUGUCAACGCAUACUACUUGCCCGCACACAUGCUGUCUCUGUGCGGCCAUUUGAUAAGACAUCCCCUCGAACGAGAACAUACAAUCAAGUAUCUCGCACAAGUAAGGACCAUCGUCCAAUGGAAGACAGGGGCGUUGGUAAAGACUUUGAAGGAGCAAUGGUCACAACUUGAUAGCUUUCAAUCAAGAUGA